AUGUCAGUUACUGGGUGGGAAGAACCAUCGCUACCUCCGCACCGCCGCAAUAUUCCCAACUAUGACGACGGGACAUCAUUGUCGGGACAACAGUCACGUAUACCUGGUGGGAGUGGUUCUCAUUGGAAGGAUAUAUCAGAUCCACUGAAUAGGCAUUUAACGCGAAACACUGUAGGCAAUCAGAACACGACGAAUGCAGGCGGUAGCCUGGGUAAUAGCUCUGGCAAUGGAUUGGGAAAUAAUCCAAUCGUAAUAAAUGCGUCAGUCGUUGGCGGUAGUGCCAACAACCCUAUAAGCAGUGUAGGUCCGCAAGGACGACUUAGUUCAGGUGUUGGUCCUGGUGUUGGUGUUAAUCAGCAUAAACCUGAUAAUUCUAUGUGGGUCCAUGCCACUAACUUAAAUGUAAGCUCACGUAACACCACUUCUUGGGGUGAUGAAGUCAAUCAUAAUGUGGGCCCAAAUUCAGGCGUUAAUUGGAUGGAUGAUAAAACUACUACUGGUAUAGUACAGCUAGACGUUAGUGUUGGUGGAGCUAAUUCUUGGAACGAUUCACCACCGUCUUGGAGUAAGAACCAAAAUAAAAUAUCAGGUAGUACUUCUGGCUGGGGUGCAAGUGGAGGUAGCGAUGGUACAGACUUGCCAUCUGUCUGGAAUACUCAUGCUGCCAUUGUUGGCAAAACUCUGCAAAAAAUAGGUGGUGUUAAUGUUAGUAACUUGAACAGAGAUGUGAUAAAACAGAGUAACCAGUAUCGUCUUCUUGUGGGAAAUGGCUUUAAAAAGGAAGAUGUAGAACGAGCCUUAAUUAAUACCAAUAUGAACAUCGAGGAGGCUGCUGAUUUACUUCGUGCUCCUAUAUCUACAGAUUGGAGACGACACGAAGAAUCCCUGGGUUCUUAUAGUGAUCACACAAACACUGGGGGCACUUUUGCGGGACGCUAUCCCUCAUCGGCCUCACAGUCUAAUGUGCCUUUCCCUCCGAAUAUGUUGAACAGUAUGAGCAGCAACGGUGCUGGUGUUAGUGGUAAUAACACAAAUAUAGCAGCGCUCAAUUCCAUACAAUCACUUCCAGUGCAAAAGUAUUUGAAUCCAGUACCACACCACGUUCUAAUGUCCCACAAGCUAUGAAUACUGCUGUUACUUUUAGUCCAGGGGUCGCUAAUGUCUCAGCGACUGUAAAUUCAACUUCAAGUAGUAACAAUCAAUCAUCUGCUCAACAGCUGCGUGUACUUGUGCAGCAAAUUCAACUAGCUGUUCACAGUGGAUACUUGUCUAGCUAAAUCAUAUCAGAACCUUUACCAUCCUCAAUGCUUGUACUUU